CCUGCGGUGCUUCACUGACAAGCCUCUCUCCCCUUCCGCACUCGCUCCGAUCGUCUCGUUACGGCGCCGGCGACCAGCGGCGAUGCGGGUGGCAUCCAGGGUGCUCGUCCUCGUCCGCGACGCCGCAGGAUACGGCGCGGCGCUCGCAGAUGCCCUCCACCCGCCGCCAGGGCUCACGAGGGAGGCCGCGCCCUUGGAGCUCCCCCUCGCAAAGUACGGGCUCGACGGCGAGAAGGCGUCCGUCGAGCUCCUGAGCUUCUCUGAUUCCAGUGGCUCUCCACAGGUGUCUAUUUUUGUUGUGCCAGAUUAUAAGCCCCCUCUUGCAGCGUGUGUUAUGAAUGAGGUCCUAGAACUGAUUUCUGCUGAAUCUACUUCCACUGAGCGAGUUCUAAUUGUCCCAUUCAUCACAAGAUCAUCAAGCUAUCAUCAUGGAACAGAACAUGCAACCAAAGCAUCGCCAGUACUUCAUGGUGCUGAAUUAGGGGCAACAACUGACUUUACUCACUUGUUGGUUGACGGGACUACUAAACCUCCUACAUCCUUGCAAAUCCGUAGUGAACCAAUAGUAUGUUUGCUAGAAAUGGUACGAGUGUUGAAGAUGCCUACAGUUCUUCUUGUCACUUCUGGUGGGCAGCAGCAAGGCAAAAGCUCUACAGUUUCUGAUCUUGAGAUGUUGCAGUGUGUAGGACAGCACUUGGCCAGGCACACCAACCUGGAGUUCAGCAAAGAAUCUGUUCUCGAGAGGGGGAUUGAAAAAUCACCAAUCGUUCAGGAACCCUGGCGCGAGCUAUAUGGGUGACGAAAUUCUCGCAUGUGGGCGCCCUUUGAUCUUAGCUUAGUCGGCUAUACAUGUUUGAGUUAGUGAAUUGCGCGGUGUUUUCGAGCUGGAAACCAUGGCAGAUCUGGUCUCUGUCCAAGUCUUGUAAUAUGAUGCGCAGGACAGCACUUGGCCAUCAGCCGUCGAACUUAAUAGAAUUUGAUGUCUAUGCCUGCUUGGCAAAUCAAUUCAUCAGCAAGAGAUCUGAUGUAUAGAACUAGUAAACUCUUCGGCAGUUGAACACUGUCCGCCUG